AUAAUGACGUUUUUUCUAUAUACACACGGAGAUUUCAUACACUAAAAUGACAAACUUGUGCUAGUAACAUCCACUCUGACACCAUAUAUACAUGUAUAUGCUUUUGACAGUAUGUAAAAUAAUUCAUCCAAUCAACAGAGGAACAAACUAUUCGUAAAAAGAAAAAGUUUCGUGUUAAAUAGCGAUAGAGAUGUGGCUAUAACAGAUGUAACAAAUCAAGAAGUAAACGAAAUGGCAACCGGAGGUCAGCCACAGACGCUAGAUAACCGUAUAUUUUUGUUUCGGUUACAAAUACUAGUCAUUGAUGGUGGCCUCCUUGUAUUGAGGACUAUACUGGACCAGUCCCUGACAUCUCAAUGCAUAACGUUCAGUGCGUGCUUGAAUCAAGAAAAGUCAACAAUAACACGUUUGAAAAGCCGCGGCGUUAUAACCCAGGUCCAAUAUGACGUGUUGUUUCCAGCGGGAGGUAAAGUCCCAUCUUCGUCAGAUUUAGACAUCACGCUGAUUAUUUGUCUUCUUAGAAAUCUGAAAUGUUUUGGAUUAAAUAAAACAUUUGACUGGAGGGCAACACCAGCACAAACCGAUGUAUCAAUGGAAGCAGACAUAUGUCGGUUAAAGGAUUUCCGAAAUAAAAUAAGUCAUAUAUCAAACAACGACUGCAAUACAACAAAAUGA